AUGGAUCGUGAACGUCGACAUGCUGACGCACGUCUACCAAAUCGUAAACCUCGUCUUGUGGAAGAAUCAGAAUUACCAGCAUGGCUAUUGAAAGAUCCAAAAGAAUUAGAGAAACAUCUUAUUGAUCAGGAUACUCUAGAUUUACUUGGACGUGGUACAAGACAUCGAAAAGAAGUUGAUUACACGGACUCAUUGACAGAAAAAGAAUGGAUGAGAGCAAUUGAAGAUGGAAAUCUUGAUCAAAUAGAAGAACGAAAACGUCGUCGAAAACGACGUAUUGUGAAUGUUGAUGAUGACGACGAUACCAGUGAUAUACUCAAAGAUGAAAUGGAUUUGGAUAUGAGUGUAACGACAAACAAUACAACAUCGAAUAAUAUGAGUUUAAAUAUGAGUAAUAAUCAAAAUUCCAGUGGCAAAGGUAAACGCGUAGGAAAAAGAAAAACAAAAGAAAAUAGUCGAAAUUUACAUAAUGAACCAACAAAUCCAAAAUUACUCAAACAAAUGAGAGUUUUACUCGAAAUUGUUAUUAAAUAUAAAGACAAUGAAGAUAAUAGGAUACUUAGUCGUCCGUUUAUGCGUUUACCAACACAAAAAGAAUUACCAGAAUAUUAUGAAAUGAUUAAAUAUCCAGUAGAUUUCAAUAAAAUUAAGAAAAAAUUAGGUGAACAUCGCUAUCGUGCGCUGGAUGAACUCGAACGUGAUGUAAUGCUUUUAUGUAAAAAUGCUCAAGAAUUCAAUAUGGAAAACUCACCUAUUUAUGAAGAUUCGAUUAUAUUACAAUCGGUGUUUACAAAUGCCCGAGAAAGAUUGGAAAAAGGCGAAAUACCUAUUAGUUCAGAUUCUGAAGAAGAAUCAGACGAUGAUGAACCAUUAAAAAAACGUGUCAAGAAAGAAUCGAAUGUAAAACCUAAACAUUCUCAUCAAUCACAACAACGUGCUGGAAGUGGACGAAGAAAAAAUCGAAUAAUGAGUGAUGAAGAAGAUGUAGAUGAUACUAACCAGUCAUUCGCUGGUGGUGAUGAUGAAGAUGAUGAUUUUGAAGGCACACAUGGUUCAAGUUCGCGUUAUAAAUGA